AUGGGUUCCCUCAGAGCCCAGGGCGGGGUUCGAACAUUCCUGCCGUCGUCGGCGUCGCAGACAGGUCAUCGGCUUCCCGUCAUCGAACUGACCGGGGUGGCUAGGAAUCAAUCAGACGCUGUGCGGAGUUAUUCUUCUCAGAACAAACAGGGCAGCAAUGGCAGAUUGUCUUGCAUUCACGUCAUCUGCAUCGCUUCCACAGUGUGCGUGUGGUAUGCUUCAAGUCUUAUCCUCACGGCGGCGAAUAAGUACACGUUUGAUACUCUGCAGAUACCGCUCCCCUUGUCGGUCACCUUCCUUCACUUCUCUUUCAUCGCUUUGAUUCUGCGCCUUUGCUUCUGUGCCUUCCCCACUCUGUUUCCGCCGUUGCCUUCUUUGCCUCUGUCAUCUCUGCUUUCGCUGAUAGCACCGAUGGCAAUUUUGGCUGCAGCAGACGUUGCGCUAACCAAUUUCUCUUAUCACUUGAUCCCUAUAAGUACACUCACGCUCAUCAAGUCGUCUCUUGUCUUUUUCACGUAUCUCCUUUCGAUCGCAUGUGGCUUGGAACCGUUCAAACUCAACACAUUCGCAACAGUGGUUGUCAUAAUGGUGAGCAUCUGCCUAACAGUCCCCGAAAUGAAAGUGAAGAGGUUGCUUGGAGUUGCUGUCGCGUUUGGCGCCGUUUUCGUUGGAGCUUUGAGAUGGGUCCUGGUCCAUCGAGCCUUCAAGCUCUACCCAAAUCUCUCCAUCUUACAACUAUUACUUCUCAUGCAGCCCAUGGCAAGUAUCGCCCUGUCUCCUGUAGUUGCGUUUUACGAGCUUCCUCAUUUUAUAGAUUCUCUUGCAGACUUAUUCGAUCCAUCAAGGCUAUUCGCAGCGGCUGUUGUGACAGCCUCAGGCGUCGUCGUCGCCGUUGUCGUCGUCUUUUCGGAGUUCCAAGUCGUCAGCCUGACGUCGUCAGUUUCACUAUGCAUCGCCGGCGUAGGCAAGGAAAUACUGACAAUCAUAAUGUCUAUGGUCAUCUUCGAUGAAGUGCUGUCCUCCCUGGUUCUGCUGGGCACCGCGUGUUUUCUGCACCUGAUGGUGUGUUGCGCUCAGUGUCUUCAAUCGCGGGAAUACUAUAUUACUGUUGGCUAA